AUGAGCUCGAUGGAGAAUCAGAAGAGAAGGAGUAUCCUCCUUGUUUUUGUCUCAUGGAUUCUCAUGGCGGGGGUUCAGGCAGCUGAAAACACAACAAGAAUCCCAGUGAAUGUGGGAGUUAUAGCAGACCUUGACGAACCGGCUGGGAAAAUGUAUUUGAGUUGCAUAGAAAUGGCACUCUCAGACUUCUAUGCUUCACAUGCUCAAUACAAGACUAGGGUCGUUUUGAACGCCAGUAACUCCCACGAAGAUGUCGUUGGUGCAGCUGAUGCAGCUUUGGAUCUGAUAAAGAAUGUAGAAGUGAAAGCAAUCCUGGGACCAAUGACGUCAAUGCAAGCAACUUUUGUUGUCAAUCUUGGAGAAAAAGCUCAUGUCCCCAUCAUAUCAUUUUCUGCAACAAGCUCUUCACUUACUUCACUUCAAAGCUCCUAUUUUUUCCAAUUAGCACAAAAUGACUCUAGCCAAGUGAAAGCCAUAAGUGGUGUUAUUCAAAACUUUGGAUGGAGGCGAGUUGUCCCCAUUUACGUAGACAAUUUGUAUGGGGAAGGAAUCAUUCCUUUUCUAAUUGAUGCCUUGCUCGAGGUUAAUGCCCAUGUCCCAUAUCGAAGUCUAAUUUCACAGUCAUCAACUGAUGAUGAGAUUAAGAUAGAACUUUACAAGUUAAUGACUAUGCAAACCAGAGUCUUUGUAGUGCAUAUGAUGCCUAAACUAGCAUCCAAAUUAUUUUCCAACGCGAAGGAGAUUGGAAUGAUGAACAAGGGCUUUGUAUGGAUCACAACCAAUGGGAUUGGAGACCAUUUAAGGGCAAUGGGAUCUGUUCUGAAUUCUAUGCAAGGAGUAUUAAGUGUGGAGACUAAUGUUUUAGACACGUCCAAGCUUAGAGAAUUCAGAUCAAGGUGGAAAAGACAAUUCCAAAAAGAUAAUCCUGAAAUCAUUGAUGUUAAGUUGGAUGUUUUUGGAUAUCGGGCAUAUGAUGCGGCUUUUGCAAUAGCCAUGGCAAUUGAAAAUGUUGGGAAUGCAAGCUUUGGAUUUGAAAACAGAAAUGUUUCAGCUUUCAACUCUACAGAUAUUGGAACCUUAAAGAUCUCGCAGUAUGGUUCAAACAUUUCUAAUGCCUUAUCUUUGACUAGCUUCAGAGGCAUAGCUGGUGAUUUCAAUCUUGUGGAUAGGCAACUUCAACUGUCAACAUUCAAGAUCGUUAAUGUGAAUGGUUAUGGAGCAAGAGUAGUUGGAUAUUGGACACCGGAAAAUGGAAGGUUAGUGAAGAAUUUGAACACAACAAGUAGUUGUAAUGUUUCGGCUGUCAAGUGCGAUAUCCUUGGACCCAUUAUAUGGCCGGGAGAGUCAUCCUCCGUUCCAAAGGGAUGGGAGAUCCCAGAAAAUGGUACAAAGUUGAGAAUUGGAGUUCCAGUGAAGGAUGGUUUUAAGGAAUUUGUUAAAGUAACAACAGAUUUGAGUACCAAUACAACUGAUGUCAAUGGGUUCAGUAUUGAUGUGUUUAAGGCUGUAGUGGACAAGUUACCGUAUGCACUUCCUUAUGAGUUGAUUCCCUUUGCAUAUCCUAAUGGCACAAGCGCUGGUACUUAUAAUGAUUUAAUCUAUCAAAUAUACCUUGGGAAAUUUGAUGCUGUGGUUGGAGAUGCAACAAUCAGAGCAAAUAGAACAUUAUAUGUGGACUUUGCAAUGCCAUAUACAGAGUCUGGUGUAGUGUUGGUGGUGCCAAUCAUAGACAGCAGGAUAAAAAAUGCAUGGGUGUUUUUGCAGCCCUUGACAUGGGACCUUUGGAUGACGACUUUGUGUUUUUUCAUCUUCAUUGGUUUUGUGAUUUGGGUGCUCGAACACCGAAUCAAUGAUGAUUUUCGUGGUCCUCCUUCAUAUCAAGUUGGCACAAGCUUCUGGUUCUCUUUUUCAACCAUGGUUUUUUCACAGAGGGAAAGAGUGGUUAGCAACUUGGGAAGAUUUGUGAUGAUUAUAUGGGUGUUUGUUGUGCUGAUAGUGACGCAAAGCUAUACUGCUAAUCUAGCAUCAUUAUUAACUGUUCAACAACUUCGACCGACUAUUAAUGAUUUAGAUGAUCUCUUAAGGAAUGGAGAAAACGUUGGCUACAUGAGGGGUGCUUAUGUUUAUGAUCUCUUGAUACAAAGUGGUUUUCAAGAUUCCAAGCUGAAGCCUUAUGGAUAUAUGGAAGAAAUCGAUGAAGCUCUUUUAAAAGGGAGCACAAAGGGUGGUAUAGCUGCAAUUGUUCAUGAAACCCCCUACAUGCGGCUAUUUGUUGCAAAAUAUUGUUCCAAAUAUACUAUGAUUGGACCAAUCUUUAAAACCGAUGGCGUUGGCUUUGCAUUUCCAAAAGGUUCUCCUCUGGUAUCUGAUAUUACUCAAGCAGUCCUAAAUUUGACAGAUGAUGGAAUGCUGACGAAGAUUGAAGAUAAAUGGAUCAAGAAAGAUAGUAACUGUAAAGACUCUACUGGGAAGUAUUCUAGCAGUGCUCUUAGCCUUGAGAGCUUUUGGGGUCUCUUUUUAAUUGCAGGGACAUCGUCAAUAUUUGCUCUAAUCAUAUUUAUAACUUCCUUCUUGCACGAGCAUAAGCAUGUCCUGAUGCCCCCUGAUUCGGACACCUCUGUGUGGAAAAGGAUUAGAGCCAUGUUCGAGAUCUUCAAUCAAAAAAAAGUUAGCUCUCAUACAUUUAAAAGCAGUCGACAUUCAGAUAGUUCUGUUGGUGCUCAUGAUCUUGAAGGAAAAUCAUUACCACCAAAUAACAACUGGCCAGAAAGUCCACAGAGCUAUACCAACCAUACAGAGGCGACUUCUGCAUUUUCCGGGCAAGAAACACCAAUAUCUCAUGGUCUAGCAUCUCCGGAAAUUUUUCCAUCGUAUGAGCAUGCCAUCACAAUUCAAGAAACCCAUGAGACUUCCAAAACAACUUGAUUAAGAGAAAAAAGGAA